AUGCAAGCUCGUGAUCAGAAUAUUGGAUAUUGGUAUAUUGAAGGCGGUAUUUUGACUUCGUUAUUUGCGUUUCCGCGUAGUUGUAUCACAGAAGACAUCGUUUCCGCCUGUCGAAUAAGUGAAGGAGAAAAUAUAGAAAUGAUAACAAAGCUAGAGGAGAAAGGGUUUGUAAAAUCCACCCGUGUCAAAAAAGCCAUGCAGAAUGUGGAUCGUGGUUGUUUUGUUGAUACUAACACAUAUAAAAUUUGUUCAGUGUCAACGAAAUCCGGUGCCAUAAUUCUUCCCCCAUUUGUCGAUGCAACUAUUCUGGAAGCAUUGCAUGACCACAUCAAGAACGGUUCACACUCACUUAUUAUGGAGCCGGGUAGUGGAUACCUCUCAGCUUGCAUAACAUUUAUGUCUGGGAUUGGUGGUAGGACAGAAUCCACUCUGCCUGAUAAUAAGUUAAUGGAAGCGGCUUUGGGGAAUUUUGCAAAGUGGCUACAAUAUACUAAAUAUGCCUUUACAUUGGGGACACAAAUUAUAUUCAGAUCAGUUAGUGAUCACAAAUCUUGGUCAUCAAAUGCACAGUAUGAUGCUAUUUAUUUGCAUAUGCUGGAUGAAAGUAUCAUGAAGGAAUUGAAAGAACAACUAAAAGUAGGAGGUCGCCUAGUUUAUUUGGAAGGAUCUGAUGAUGGAAGACGGAGGUUGAAUGUGAUGAAUCGCAUAUCUGAGGUUACCUUUCUUUUGAAAAAUCUUAUGAGUUUCCAAAUUGUUGUGCCACCUAGUAUUCAGACUACAGAAGAAAGUAUAGUAGAAUCUGGCGAAGCCAGCAUAAUCAGCGAACCGAGCGACUUUUAUUUCGAAUACAUGGAGUACACAUCAACAGAAGUUAAAUAUGUCCCAAACAGUAAAGUUCUCGUAUCACUUUGUAUUUCCAUCAUCUUAUUCAUCUCAUUAUUUUGA